AUGGACGUCUCGUUUUGUGCUUCGUGUGGGAAAGCUAUGUCAACAUACAAUAGCUAUUUGAGACAUUUACGCAAUGUUCACGGUGAACUAGGAGCAGAAACCGCAUCCGCACUUGUAAGGAAAAGGAGGGAGGCAGCUAGGGCUUCAAAGCCGCACAAAUGCUCAUUAUGCGACUUCAGGGGAACGUCGAAAGGAGCAUUAAGCAAACACAUGACUAGGAGUCAUAGGGAAGUCUUGGCUGCACGGCAAAACAUCGAUAUGGAGCUGGCGACACCCGAACGCAGGCGUGCUAUUUUGUGUCCUUUAUGUCCUGCCAAAAUUGAUAGUUCGAAAACGCUAAUCAAGCACGCUUGCAAAGAUCAUGGAUUUCAAGGCAGAGUCAUGACUAAGCAAUUUGGAAACCGUGAGGACUUCAUGACUGUUGAGAAUGAGUGCAGUGGAAUUGUCGAAGUUGAGUAUUGCGAAUCGCAUCUGGGUCACUGUGUUAGUGCCGCUUCGUUGUCAAUGCUCCAUGACGACAGUGACACUGUGAUUGUUGCUUCUGGCGUUACUAGAAAUGCGCCAUUUGUCGAGGAUUCACUUGUAACGGAGAAAUCUAGUGGUUCCGCCUUCAAUAACAACUCGAUGGGAACGGACAUCCCAGAAGAGGACACUUCCAGAGAGAAUUGUAUGAAAGUCAGGAACCGAACAGAAAGGAUGUUGGAUUACUUAUCUGCAUAUGUCAGAAGAUUGGCUUUCAAAGGAAAUACUGAAGUGCAAUCAGAACUGGAAAAGGUUGAACGUGGAAUUGAAGCGAUUCCUCGUCUCCCCGAAGAGGUCGUCCCCCAAAAUCCGCGAAACAAAUGCGGAACAAAAUACGAUAUUCCUCCUCGAAUAGCCGAAGAUAUUGAAGGAGACGACGAGUUGGACCUUUGUGUUGUGUGCGACAGGCGAGAACAUCCUGGAGACUUAACUGAUACCGGAGACGUGUCUAUUGUCUGGGUGAGUGUGACGAAUGCCACAGUUGGACGCACCUGA